CUGCGGUCUGCCGAGGGGCCGCUGCGCGAGCUGGCGAGGCGUCACCCUUUGCUCGCGUUGCUGCACCGGCUGCACACAACCGGCGGGAUGCCGAUCGUCGCCACCGAGGACGCCGUGGCGCUGGUCGGCGCCGCGCCGGCGGAGGGAGGCGCCGCUCGCCGCGUCGCCGGCGGAGGGAGGGGCGGCGACCAAGGGUCGGCCGCCGCUCUCCUCCCGUGGCUCGUCCGCCCGUUGCGAGGGGAGAGGACCGCGGCGGUCGCUGCCGCCGCGCUGCCGCCGCCCAUCGCCCCGCCGCCCCCGCCGCCCGGGUACGAGCCGCCCCCCUCCCGCGAAGAGGACAAGGGCGAGGUGUGGGAGGUUCGCUCGCUGCUCGCCGCCGUCGUCGGGCAGGAGGAGGAGCCUUUCCCCGACCCGAUGCCGGGCACGGGCGAGCUAGGCCACUUCCUGCGGCUGCUUGCGCCGGAGGUGCCUCCGCCGGAGCCGACGGACGUGUCGCAUCUCGGCGCGAGAAAGCCAGCGUCGGCGAAGAAGAAGGCGGCGGCCGCCCGCGACCUCAAGCACGCGGCGCAGGCAGCUCACGCGAAGGCGGAGGAGGCGGCGCCGGCUGCGGCGGAGCAGCCGCCCGCGCGAGUCGCGCCCGCGAGGCGGAGCGAUGUGGCCGAGCUGCGACAGCGCGCGCGGCGGGCGGCGGUGGCGGCGGUCGGUCUGCUCGAGGACGGCGCUCUCCUCUUUGUUGGCGCGCGGCUCGCGGCGGCGGCGCGAGGCGCGCUGCCGAGCUGCGCGGCGCACGCCGAGCUGCGGCGUCGGGUGGGAGAGGCGCUGCGGGCGGAGCAUGACGAGGCGGCGGGCUUCGAGGUGCGGCUGGCCGCUGUGCCGCGGCGCGAGCGCGACGCGAUGGAGCACUACUUUUGCAAGCGGCGGCACUGGCUGUGCCACCUCUCGCAGAAGGAGCUGUGCCGCUGGUUCAGCUCUGGCGGGUACGAAGCGCCCUCCUUCGGCGCCAUCGGCGAUCGGCAGCGCGCUGUGGCGGAGAGGCGCGGUCGCAUAGCGGCGUUGCAGGCCGGGCUGGCCGAGGUGCAGGCGCUGCUACUGGAGGAGAUGCGCGCAGCUGGAUGCACUGCCUCUCUGCCCCACUGAGGUGUUUAACCGUCGUGGUUCUCGGCUGUGUGUCCCGUGUGUGGUGACUGGUGUGUGGUUUUGUCUUUUGACCGGGUGUCGUUGCACUGUUGUGUCUUGUGAGCCGUUCAACCCGCGUUCUUUUACAGUAAGAGUAACG